CACAGCACGCCACAGCACGAGCGCAGAAGCAAGCCGUGCGCUAUAAAAGACACACUAGACGGGAGCUUUGUUAUUUGAAAAGAACUGUUUGGUGUAUUCAACUUGAAAAAGGAUUAUCAAGGAAAUAAACCCACAAAAACACACUAAUCACAUAACCUUCGGUUCAAAGCACCAUGGUGAGACAGAGCAUACAGAUGACCAGCAAAUCCCGGCAGCCGCCUCUGAGGUGCAAGACAUUCUCAGGCAUUAUGCAGCACCAGCUCAUCUUACAGGCCCUCAGCAAGCUGCAGCAGAGUGGCUUCUACUGGGGGGCCAUUAGUGGCCGUGAGGCCCAGUCGCUGCUGGAGACCCAGUCGGUGGGCACCUUCCUGCUGCGCGACAGCUCUGACACGCGUCACUUCUUUACCCUCACGGUCAAGAUGCAGCAGGGCACCAAGAACCUGCGUGUGCAGUGUGACUCCAACAGCUUUUGGCUGGAAUCGGACCCCCACAACCAGACCGUUCCCCAGUUUGACUGUGUAUUGAAGAUGAUCCACUUUUACAUGCCAGAAGGGGACUCCCCCUCCUGUUACAUUUCCUCCAGCGGAGGGAAGAUCCCUCUGAUCCUGCACCGGCCCCUGACCUGUGGCCUCACCUCACUCCAGCACCUGUGCCGCAAGACUGUCAAUGGACACCAGGACGUGUGUGUUGAGCGCCAGCACCUACCUCACUUACUCCAGGACUUCCUAAAGAAAUAUGACGCACCCAUCUAAUGGACGUUUGAACAAUUGUGUGAACAAAGCAUACAUGAGAAAAGUUCAUUGCCUGGCCUGAGUCAACAGGGGGCCAUCUAAUUUCUCAAAAAUGGAGAACUGACCAAUGACGGAGAGGAAUUGAAUCAGAGAGUUCCAGGGAACUUGCGGUGAAUGCCUUACUUAGUGUGCUGUUGGUUGCCAUGGUAUUAGGAUUAGACUGGAAGUUGGUUGGAAAAACACCUCAGCAUUUCCAAGUAAAUGUUUCUAGUGCUGAAUACACACCCACUCAUUCACACACUUUCCCGUUUAGACAACAAUGAUUUAGAGACCGGUACUUGCCUGGGGGUGAAGAAAAGCAAUGAACUUCAAACCACGGGAACAAGAAGAAGAAAACAAAGGGCUGUGUACAGGUACACAAAUGAUCUGUGGCCUUAAAUAUCAGUGGACUUCCCACAGCAGAUGUUCAAUGAUUCAGCAACAGGAGCGGAACACGCAUCACCCCUGUGGGACAGAACGGAAAAGAAUCAGGGACUUCAAAAGACUUGUGAACCAACUGUGUCUAGACUGCCAGUAAUCAGGAAAUUGCCUGCCAUUGUCAGAACAUGAGUGCAUAGUGUAUUGUGUCUUUUGGAGUAUGUUUGUUUGAUGCUGCAGACAACUGAAUGUAUUAACGAAGGGGAGUGAGUUACUUAACUCAGGUAGAAGACUCCUUUUUGAGUCCUUCUGUCUGCUAAUGUUUACAUGUUAGAAACUUCAGCUUCUCUUUACGUCAUGGGAGAAACUGUAAUGAUGCUUGACUGAAAUGACUUUGCACUUAAUUUAUUUAUGAAACAUUUGAAUAAUUUAUAUUAAAGAGCACUAUUUUCAUAGAAAA